AUGCCUGAAGUCAAGCGGACCCUCAAGAUUAUCACGGAGCAGAAAGUCACUGGCGAUGCGACUCUGGAGAUGCCAUUGCGCAAAUGGAACAUUGAGUUGCACCUCCUCGGCCCCCAUGGCGAGGAUAUCCCGGCGGACUGCUUUGAGAAGGUCGUCUACAAACUUCACGAAACAUUCGGACAACGGGCAACCCAGACCUUCAAGAUGCCUCCAUUUCGUAUCCAGGAAGAAGGAUGGGGAGAGUUUGACAUGCUACUUGUUUUAACUCCAAAGGACAAGGGAGCUGAGAUCACCGUCGCGCACGAUCUGAAUUUUCAGAGCGAGCAUUACGAGACGAAGCAUCCCAUCGUUUUCAAGAACCCAAAGCCCGCCCUUCUCGCUAUCCUGAAAGAGUCGGGACCUGUUCCAGGUGAUGCAAACGGAGUCAAGGCACGCGACGAGUCAGCAAAGAAGAAAAAGAGGCCCGAUAAAGGGAUUGACAUGGAGAAAUUGGCCGAGAACAUGCAAAAGAUGACUGAAGACGACCUGCUGCUGGUGGUGCAGAUGAUCCACGACAACAAGACUGCAGAUACCUGGACCAAAAAUGAUGUUGAGCAGGGCGAGUUCCAAGUGGAUCUCUACACCCUUCCAGAUAGCCUAAUACGCCAGCUCUGGGACUUCACGAAUGAGAAGAUCGUUCGGUAG